AUGAAGUGCUUUGAGAGACUAGUCAAGGAUCUUAUCACCACCACCCUACCUGAUACCCUAGACCCAAUCCAAUUUGCCUACCGUCCCAGUAGGUCCACUGACGAUGCAAUCACACUGCACACAGCUCUAUACCAUCUGGACAAGAGGAAUACUUGUGCAAGAAUACUGUUCAUUGGCUACAGCUCAGCAUUUAACACCAUAGUACCCUCCAAACUUGUCAUUAAGCUCGAGACCCUGGGUAUCGACCCCGCCCUAUGCAACUGGGUCCUGGAGUUUCUGAUGGGCCUCCCCAAGGUGGUGAAGGUAGGAAACAACAUCUCCACCCCGCUGAUCCUCAACACUGGGGCUCCACAAGGGUGCGUUCUCAGCCAUCUCCUGUACUCCCUGUUCACCCAUGACUGCGUGGCAAUGCAUACUUCCAACUCAAUCAUCAAGUUUGCAGACGACACUACGGUGGUAGGCCUGAUUACCAACAACGAUAGAGUGGUGUGGUCUGCACAACGCAUCACCGGGGGCAAACUACCUGCCCUCCAGGACACAUACAGCACCCAAUGUCACAGGAAGGCCAAAAAGAUCAUCAAGGACAACAACCACCCGAGUCACUGCCUGUUCACCCCACUAUCAUCCAGAAGGCGAGACCCCCUGCAGCUCACUCUCACUGUCUCUGAAGACGAGGUUCCACCUGACCAGCAGCACUCUGAGCAGGUUUGGAGUGAUCAAGAGGACACAGAGUUCUUCAUUCCCUGUGUGGAAAGUGACAGUGAUCAGGGCUCACACCAAACUGGGAAAAACAGCAAGAGGGACUCCCUAUCCACAAUUUCAGCAGAACAGAUCCAAACAAAACCUGAAGAAGAGGAUGACGGAAUAUCAGAAUCAACCAGUUAUGCUCCCCUCACACAGUUAAAGCCUCUAAAAAUCAAGAGGACACAGUUAAAGAAAGGACAAAGCUCUUACAUCUGCGCUGAGGUCAAGACAACCAGUGAGCUGAUUGAGCCACUGAGGGAUCACACAAGGAAGAGGUCCUACAGUUGUACUGAAUGCACAGCAACCUAUGACAGACCAUGUCAUUUGAAAACGCACAAGAGAACUCACACAGGUGAGAAACCAUUUGAGUGCAAAGACUGUGGUAAAUGCUUUAACCGCAAGUAUUGCCUGCACGUGCAUAUGUUAACACACACACGGGAGAAACCGUACUGCUGCCAUUAUUGUGGUAAAUGCUUCGCUCUAAACACAAGACUAAUAGAUCAUCUGAGGAUACACACAGGGGAGAAACCAUACAAGUGCCCUUUCUGUGCCAGAUGCUUUACAUUUCUAUCUCACUUAAGUCGUCACAAGAAGCUCCAUACAGGAGAGAGGCCAUUUCAAUGCAAUGUAUGUGGGAAAUGCUACACACGGAAGGAGCACCUGACAGACCAUAUGAGAUCCCACACUGGAACAAAACCAUACAGCUGUAAGCAAUGUGGCAAAUGCUACAAACUGCAGGGAAACCUGAGAUCGCAUAUGGCGAGUCACACAGGGGGGAAAUCAUGCAAGUGCCCUGUGUGUGGACUAGGUGUUAUAAAUCUUAAUCGCCACAUGCAAGUUCAUGCAGGUGAGAAACCGCAUCAAUGCCAAGAUUGUGGGAAGUGCUUUAACCGAAAGGAAAAACUGACAGAGCACUUAAGGACUCACACAGGAGAGAAACCGUAUCGAUGUCAUGAAUGUGGUGAAUGCUUUAGGCUCAAUGUAACCCUGAAGAAACACAUGAUGACGCACUCUGCUGCGGCAAUUACUUCUCCAUGAAAGAAGAUUUGAGAACUCAAGAGGACACACACAGGGACAAAUCUGUUCACUGCUUAGUGCAUUGCAUGUUUCAGCAAUAUUGUUUAGAUUUUAAUUUGAACAAUGUUUCAGUCAGAAGGGUACAAAAGCUGAAAAGUAAGACGCAUAUCCAGUCAGAAGGGUACCUUGAACUGUGACAUGCGGUUUUAAACGGGACAGAAACUGUAUAGGUGCAAUGAUUCUGGUCAAUGCCCUAAUAAAAAGGCAUGCUUGAAA